AUGUCUGUUCCUGUUGCUUUCAAUGAUAUUGGCAAGUCCGCCAAGGACCUUUUGUCCAAGGACUACCCCGUUGGUGGUGUCAAGCUCGAAGUCAAGACCACUGCUCCUAACGGUGUUACCUUCAAGGUUAACGGUCAACGUGAUAACAAGACUGGUAUCAUUGUUGGUGAUCUUGAAACCAAGUACGCUGACAAGAAGAACGGUCUUACUUUCACUGAAGCUUGGACUACCUCCAACCACCUUAACGGAAAGAUCGAACUCGAGAACAACCUCGCCAAGGGUCUUAAGCUCGAACUCUUGACCUCCCUCCUUCCCUCUGUCAACGAGAAGGCUGCCAAGAUCAACGCUACCUACAAGAAGCCCAAUGUCCACACCGUUGCUACUCUUGAUGUCUUCAAGACCAACUUCAGUGUCAACUCUGUUUUCGGUCAACAAGGUUUCCUCGUUGGUGCUGAAGUCGCCUACAAUGUUUUGGAUGGCAAGAUUGGUCGUUACAACGCUGCUGUCGGUUAUACCGCUGCUGAAUAUGGUGUUGCUGUUCACGCCACCAACAACUUGAGCAACUAUGCUGCUUCUUACUACCACCGUGUCAACAGUGACCUCGAGGCUUCCGGUAAGGCUUCUUGGGACUCCAAGGGUUCCAACGCUGUUGCCCUCGAAGUUGGUGCCAAGCUCAAGUUGGAUGCUACUGCCUUUGUUAAGGCCAAGAUCUCCAACGCUGGUGUCCUCGGUCUUGCUUACACCCAAGCUCUCCGUCCUGGUGUCAAGGUCAACCUCGGUGCUUCCGUUGAUACUACUCGUCUUAACGAAAACGCACACAAGCUCGGUCUCUCUUUCACCUUGGAGAACUAA